CCUGGCAGCUCAAAGCCAUCCUGUUGUAUCUCUUCGUCAGAUUCCCUGAUCGCCACGCCCACUCCUCAUCCUCAUCCUCCUCCUCCUCCUCCUCCUCCUCUUCCUCUUCGGCUCCUGAUGGAGGCUGCAGGCCGACUCCACUCAUCUGACUCUGACCAGCCGACAGCUCUGAUUGGUCACUGAAGAGAAAAACAACAACAGGGGGUGCCUCAGACUCUCUCAUGGCCCCCCCUCUCCUCUGCGGUUUGUGUCACCGACAGUAUUAUCGUUAAACUCCAGAUGUAAACAAACAUCAGCCUCACCUGUCUGCGUCAUCAAACUGCCCAGGGACCGACAUCACGUAACGCUCUGAACCAGAACUGAACCUGAACUGAAACUGAAGCGAAACCCGAUCCAAACACGGCCCAGACCCGAUUCAAACUGAUCAAAAACUGAUCCAAACCCGAUCAAAAAUGAUCCAAACCCAGUCCAAACUGACCCAAACGGUCUAAACUGAUCUAAACCCGGUCCAAACUGAUCCAAACCCGGUCCAAACUGAUCCAAACCCGAUCGAAAAUGAAACAAACCCGGUCCAAACUGAUCCAAACAAACGGACUUAGAGCACGUCAGCGUGUGGUCUUCACUUCCGGGUCUACACACGUGUCUACGGCGAGAGAAGAGGCUGAUUUAGCAAAUGACGCUGACUGCGGCCCCCUGCGGCCGGAGGUAUUAUUAAACUAAAAAGACUUCAGGAUGACUGGAGACUUGGAGCGGACCCCCCGCUGCCUUCUGGUCUCGGAGAGGUCCGGGUUCCUGCAGGAGAAGAACCGACUCUUCUCUCAGCAACUGAACUUCAAUUACAAGGUGUCAGUACUCCUGCCGGACUGUGGCUCCGCCCCCCCUCCCCUGGAAGCCGUGCUGAACAGCCUGAACUCUUUCUACUUGAUCAGACAGCUGCCCGUCCACGAGCUGCUGGACACACACUUCCUGCAGAGCGCUGUGCUGCAGGGAGUGAGCGGGCUGUCCUACAGGACGAGGCUCGAUGAAGACAACUGUGUUGCUCUGCUGCCAAAUGGUCACCUGUCUCUCUCUCUGGAUAAGGACUCCUUUGAGUUAUUGGGAGUUGAAGGGAAGCCAUCCAGGUUCAGUCACAAGAGGAACAUCAGAUACGUGGUGUCUGUAGAUCUGAAUGACAACCGCAUGGCUCCGGGGGGGCGGGGCUACCAGAGAUUACUCACAGGUCUGAAGUCCCGCCUUCAGCUGAAGACAGACUUCCUGCUCACACAUCCUCCAGGGGCCGGAGCCUCUCUUCAGGCUCUCCUGUCCCGCUGUGAUUGGUCGGAGCAUCGCCCUGAGGUCAGCCGCCGCGUCCUGACCGACGUCUCCUGCCCCCUGCUGACCUCUGACCUGCAGUCAUGCGACCCGCACCUCCUCCUCGAGUGGCUCGGAGCUGUUGACGCCAACAUCAGCUGGGAGGACUCCUGCAGCUUCCUGUCCUGUCUGGGUUGUCCUCAGCCCCACGCCGUGGCGAGCCGCGCUCUGAGCGUCUCCGUCUCCGGGCUGCUGCGCCCUGAAGACCUGCAGCGCAUCCUGCUGCAGCUCAGGUGUUACCUGGAGCAGCCUGGUCUGUCUUCCUGGGCGUCUCUGACGGUUCACGGUUUCGUUGACAGUCCGGUGUCGUGGGGCGACGCUGAGCACGGCGUCCUGAGGGGGGGGGGGAACUUCUACAGUCUGAUCAUGUUCCCUGACCAGACCUACCAACUGCACCUGGGAGCAGGUGCUCAGGACACCUGUCCUCCGUAAGCUGUCCUCUGUAAACACUCAUCCCCCUGAACAACUGUCCCCCUGAACACCUGUCCUCUGUAAACAACUGUCCCCUUGAACACCUGUCCUCUGUAAACAACUGUCCCCCUGAACACCUGUCCUCUGUAAACAACUGUCCUCUGUAAACAACUGUCCCCCUGAACACCUGUCCUCUGUAAACAACUGUCCCCCUGAACACCUGUCCUCUGUAAACAACUGUCCCCCUGAACACCUGUCCUCUGUAAACAACUGUCCCCCUGAACACCUGUCCUCUGUAAACAACUGUCCCCCUGAACACCUGUCCUCUGUAAACAACUGUCCCCCUGAACACCUGUCCUCUGUAAACAACUGUCCCCCUGAACACCUGUCCUCUGUAAACAACUGUCCCCCUGAACACCUGUGCUCUGUAAACAACUGUCCCCCUGAACACCUGUGCUCUGUAAACAACUGUCCCCCUGAACAACUGUCCCCUGAACACCUGUCCUCUGUAAACAACUGUCCUGCUGAACACCUGUCCUGAACGGCUCCAUAAUGACUUAUAAAGUAUACAGAAUGUAUAAAG